AUGUAGCAAAACUAUAAGUUUCAGCAGCCUUAAUAGCUGUUGCUUAAUAGCUCUCUUUGUGACUCAGAACCUAAGGUCAUAAAUCUCAAAAGCCCACACAUUAAUCACCUAACUCGUAAUUAUCAUUUAAAAGUCAUGUUGAUUUUUAUAGAGCAAGAUAUUUAGAUUUAACCUAAAAAUAACUAGAUUGGAUUAAAUAAAUUAUCAGAACUCAUAUUCUAAGUUGAUGAUGCUAUGUACAACUCAGCACCAAAGUCCCCGAUUCUCUAAUAAAUCUAAAAUAGCACACAAAAUCGGAAGAGCAAAUUUGCUAAAAAUAAAAGCAAUACAAAGUACUUUGAUAAAGAAAACGGCCCUAAUAAAUUUUAGCUUGACAUUAAAGUCAACACCAAUACAACAAGCACUAUUUCCAAUGAGUUGAGUACAGACUCACAGCAGUUUCUAAAUUUUUAUGAUCUUUUCAAGCUAAAGAGACUUCUUGGGUUUGGAGCAUUUGGAGUCGUCUUGAUGGUUAAAAAUAUCAAACAUAAUGAAGUUUCAGCAUUGAAGAUCAUCAAUAAAACAAAUCUGUCCAAAUCUAAUUUAAAUCAGUUUAGGAAUGAGUUCAAAGUUCUUUAGAAAUUAGAUCACUGCGGAGUAAUUAAAUCGAAGAGAACAUAUGAGACCUAAAAUUAUUUAUUAAUUGAAUUGGAAUACUUCGAAGGUAUAACAUUAAAAAAGUUUUAAGAUCAAAUUUAAUCGGAAGAUAAUUCAAGGGCAAUAUUGAAAUGUAUCUUAGAGGGGUUGAAUCACAUUCAUGAUAAGGAUUUUAUUCACAGGGAUCUGAAAACGGAUAAUAUAUUAAUUAGCGUGAAUAAUGCUUUAAGUGUUGACAGCUAUACCAAUCUUGAUUCCAUCGGAUAUGAAGUAAAGAUUAUAGAUUUUGGGUUGAGCACAAGCCAUAAAGUUCUAAGUUUUGAGUAAAUUGAUGACAAUAUAGGAACACUAGUAUACAUGGCUCCAGAGCAAGCAAAAUCUAAAUCAUAUGGAAAGAGAAUAGAUGUAUGGGCUUGCGGAAUAAUAAUGUAUUAAUUAUUGACUAGAGGAAAACAUCCAAUCUAUUAUGAUGGCCAGAACAGAGAUGAAUAUAAUGAGGCUUUAGAUAAAAUAAUGAGUGGCUAAUCCAAAUGGGAAUUCCCAUAAGGCUUUUCUGAUUAUGUUGCAUUUGUCCCUCUGAGAGAUAUGACUGUAAAAAGGCUUUAUAGCAUCCAUGGAUAACGGAAUCUUGGCAAAAGAGAAUAGGUUCUAAUAAAGAAAAAGAAAACAUAAGUUUUAAGAUAGAGCGUAAAAAAACCAAUGAUUGACUCAUCAAUUAUGUCACCAAAGCAAACUCAAUCAAACAUAGAUAUUUCUCCAAUGAAGAUGCUGAGCAAAAAUAUUGCAUUAGGAAGGAAUACACCAGUUCUUAGAAAAGACAGUAUAAAAUUCAAUAGUAAUAGUAAAGCUUUUAAUUCGAGAACUAAUCAAAAGGAGUAAGACAAAUCAUUACUUGCGAUUCAGCAGCAAACAAAUCUUGGAAACUUUCUCAAAACUCCAAUUAUGAAAAAGAAUUCUCACAAACUUCGAAGAUUUCAUGAGUUUGUCGAUGAUGAAUAAUAAAAGAAAUUGUAACUGGAACUCCCAAACAAAUCACAGAUGAGGAGCUCAAUAAAGAGAAAAUUAGAUUAUUUGGAAUCUAAUACACCAACUGAUUACUAAUUGAAACUUAAUAGCUAAGCACACUAAUCUUCGAUAUAAUAAGAGCAAAUAGAAAACUACAAUGCUUAGAAAUUAGACUUUACUUUAAGAAAGUUAAGAACAAGAAAGAUUACUUAGGAUAUCGAAAAUGAUCUGAGCGAUCUUCUGAACGAAACAUAGAAUUCAUUUUAACCAAAAUUACACCAAAGAAAGUCUAGCCUUAGCUAAAAUAAAAAUUAUAUGAGAAGAAGUUCAAUGAGGAAGACAGAACACCCAUAAAUUAUUGGAUCUGAAGUGCACUCAGAGUACUAUUGGAAUGAUAAUCUUUCAAAUAACAACAAUUAUAAGGAAAACAGUAAUAAUGAUAUUCAAAAUUUAAUGCAAGCUAGAGUGUAAAGCUAAAAAAGAAACAUUAAAAAUCAUGAAACUCGGGUAUUUUUCAAUGGCCAACUCCCUACUAACAACAACUAUUAGGAAAAUACUAGACUACCUUUUGCAUUAAGCUCUCAUUCUUCAAUAAGACACCCAUUUUAGUAGUAGCAAUAAUAGAAUCACGCUUUAAUGAGUCCUAUCGUUAUUCACAGGAAUAACAGACCUUUAAUAAAUGAGUACACUCAAGGACUAGCAAGUAUGGACUCUAAGCAUAAGUUAGAAAAGAUUUACAGAAUGCAAGAGAUAGUAAAAGGAUUCUAAAUGACUUCAAGUCCUUAUUAACAUUUGCAAGGGGCCUUAAACAUUCAACCUCUAGCUGGAAGAAAAGAUCAUAGAUAUUAUUAGCAGAGCUUUUAAUCAAAGAGCCAACAAAACUCAUAACACAAUAAAUAUUGA